AUGAAGAAACAGGCAAAGAAAGGGAAUUCAGUGAAGGCAAAGGUUGAAAAGGAGGAGCAAAAGAUGGUACUGUACGAUGAAGGAAAGAUUGAAGGUAGGGGAAAAAAGAAAAUGAAAACUGAAAUGGUUCAAGCAAUAGAAACUGAUGAAGUUGAGGAAAUUCAGGAAGAUGAAUUUGAGGAAGAGAAAUCUUCAAAGAGAGGAGGACAUGUGAAGUUCAUUGCAUGGAUAAAAAAGAUGACACCUACCCAAAAACAACAAGUUGUUGAUAUAGGGUUAGGAUCACUUCUUGACAUUAGUUUACCUCAACUUGAUCAAAAAUUCUGUAACUGGUUAUUGGGAAGAGAAAUUACAAUUGUUGAGCCAAAGUCUGAUAAAAUUAGUGAGGAGUAUGCAGAAUUUCUGAAGAAAUGGAGAAAAUCAUGGUCAGGAAAAACUCCAUCAGUGAGUCAGAUUGUGAAUGGAUACAUAAAUGAUAAAUUCACCAACAACAGACCACCAAGUGAACAUUUCAUUACUAACUUUUUAGCAGUGGCUGUGAACUGCUUGAUGAAAUGUGUAUCAAACAAUCAAUGCCAUUUCAAAUUUCUUUAUUCUAUGAUGGACAAAGAAAACAUAAAAAAUUUGAACUGGUGUCAGUUUGUAUAUGACUCACUUAUCAAAUGUCAUGUUGAUUGGAGAAAGCAGCAAGGCAAGGGGUUCUACAAAGGCCCUCUUCAAUUUCUGAUGGUAUAUUCUUAGAUACAAAAUGUUCAUUUAAAUUUAAAUAAAU